UCGCUUCUGGGAACCCUAGCUGGACGGCAGUUCUGGGAAGGCUGCUGACCCGUGGAGAAGUGUAUCCCUACCCCCCUUGCCAGACCAGCUCAGCAGACGCUUCAGGCCAGCGUAAGAUUGUGGAGUUUCAGGGGUCAGCGGCUCCAGAGGGAGGUCACCCGCAGCGCCUGCUGUCCCGGGCUUCCUAUCCACAUGCCUCUUGUCAGAGGAUCGGCUGCAUCCUGUCUGCUGAUCCAGCCUCCCACUCCCUCCACGUCGGUUUGCAGCCAAGAGAGGGGAGAGGACCCGGAGGCCUGCACACCCCACUGGCUUCAGGAAGAGCCCCGCUGGGUCACUUCUGUGCCGCUGCUGGCUUCUGACAUUUCAAGACUCGCCACUCAUCUCCCCGCAAAUAAAAAGAGCGCUGUAGGAUCUCCCAAUGGGGUGGCUUCCCUCUGGGCUCACGUUUUCGGUGGGCUGUCUGAUCCUGGUGUGGGCGGCAGGCUGUGGCUCCAGCUGCUCAGAGGUCUCCUGUGUCUCCCCAGGGAGCGUGAGGGUCGUGCAGGGGCCCACCUGCUUCUCCGACUACAUCAACAUCUCCACCUGUGAGUGGGAGAUGGCCCGGCCCACCAACUGCAAAGCUGAGCUCCGCCUCUUCUACCAGCUGAAAUUCUUCUACUUCGAAAACCACACGUGUGUCCCCGAGAACAGAGCUGGCGCGGUGUGCGUGUGCCAUAUGCAUAUGGAUAACGUGGUCAGUGCGGACACCUACCAGCUGGACCUGUGGGCUGGGGAGCAGCUGCUGUGGAAGAGCGCCUUCAAGCCCAGUGAGCAUGUGAAACCCCUGGCGCCCAGAAACCUCACUGUUCAUGCCAACAUCUCCCGCACGUGGCUGCUGACGUGGAACAACCCGUACCCUCCUGAGAAUCACCUAUACUCCGAGCUCACCUACCUGAUCAACAUCUCAAAUGAGAACGACCCCACGGAUUUCAGAAUUUAUAACGUGACCUACAAGGGGCCCACCCUCCGCUUUGCAGCCAGCACCCUGAAGUCUGGAGCUUCCUACAGCGCCCAGGUGAAGGCCUGGGCUCAGAGCUACAACAGCACCUGGAGUGAGUGGAGCCCCAGUGCCAAGUGGCUGAACUACUACGAGGCGACCUUGGAGCAGCGCCUCCCGCUGGGCGUCAGCAUCUCCUGCGUCGUCAUCCUGGCUGUCUGCCUGUCCUGCUAUGUCAGCAUCAUCAAGAUUAAGAAAGAAUGGUGGGACCAAAUUCCCAACCCAGCCCACAGCCCCCUCGUGGCUGUUGUCAUCCAGGAUUCUCAGGUGUCACUGUGGGGGAAGCGGUCCCAAGGCCAGGAACCAGCCAAGUGCCCACACUGGAAGACUUGUCUUGCCAAGCUUCUGCCCUGUUUACUGGAGCAUGGCAUGGAAAGGGAUGAAGAUUCCUCCAAGGCUGCUAGAAAUGAGCCUUUCCAGUGUCCUGGAAAAGUAGCAUGGCACCCCAUGGAGGUCAACAAGACAAUCCUCUGGCCAGAGAGCAUCAGCUUGGUUCGGUGCGUGGAGCUGUUUGAGGCCCAAGUGGAGAAUGAAGAAGAGGAAGUGGAGGAAGAUAAAGGGAGCUUCUGCCCAUCACCUGACAGCAGCGGGGGCAGCUUCCAGGAGGGCAGGGAGGGCAUCGCAGCCCGGCUGACAGAGAGCCUGUUCCUGGACCUUCUCGGGGGCGAGGUUGGGGGCUUUAGCCCACAGGGCUUGGAGGAGUCCUGCCUUCUUCCACCUUUAGAAAAUCCAAGUGUUCAGAGGCCCUGGGCCAUGUCCCCAAGUGUGGGGCCCCAGGAGGCAUCGUCUGAGGACAAGGAGCCUUUGAACCCAGAGUCAAGUCCUCCAACCCAGAGCCCAGCCAGCCUGGCUUUCCCAGCGAUGCCCGGCGUCAUCACAGACAACCCCACUUACCGCAACUUCAGCACCUUCCUGAGCCAGUCCUCAGGCCCUGGAGAGCUUGACUCAGACCCACAGCUGGCCGAACACCUGGGGGAAGUGGACCCCAGCAUCCCCGCCGCCCCCCAGCCUGAGCCAGAAACGUGGGAGCAGAUCCUGCGCCAGAGCGUCCUCCAGUGCAGGGCAGCCCCGGGCCCCGCCUCGGCCCCCAGCAGUGGCUACCGGGAGUUUGUGCAGGCGGUGAAGCAGGGCGGCGCCCGGGACAGCGGGCUGGAGGGCUUUGGCCCUUGCGGAGAGGCUGGCUACAAGGCCUUCUCCAGCGUGCUCACUGGCACCGCUAGCUGCCCGGGGACAUCUGGGCUUGAGCCCAGCAGUGGGGAGGGGGGCUACAAGCCCUUCCAGAGCCUCACUGCUGGCUGCCCCAGAGCCCCUGCCCCAGUCCCCGUCCCCCUGUUCACCUUUGGACUGGACGUGGAACCCCCUCACAGCCCUCAGGACUCACUCCUCCCAGGCAGCACCCCAGAGUACCCUGGUUUGGAGCCAGUGGUCAAGGAACAAGACAGCCAGAAGGCCCUGCUAUCCCCGGAGCCAACCACAGACCCCCCCGGGGAUGACCUGGGCAAUGGCAUUGUCUACUCAGCCCUCACCUGCCACCUGUGUGGCCACCUGAAGCAAUGCCACGGCCAGGAGGAACGUGGCAAGGCCCACAUCGAGGCCAGCCCCUGCUGUGGCUGCUGCCGUGGGGACGGGUCCUCACCCCCGGUGAGCCCCCUGAGGGCCCUGGACACCCAGCUCGGUGGGGCUCCAUUGGAGGCCAGCCACUCUCCGGCCUCCCUAGCACCCUUGGGUGUCUCAGAGGAGGGUAAGUCCCCCCUGUUCUUCCAAACUGCCCCCAACAAUGCUCAGAGCUCAAGCCAGACCUCCACGGUGGUGGCCAUGCUCUCCCCAGGGCCCACGUGCACGGACGCUUCCUAGGUGCGUGCCCACUUCUUGCUGGAGUCUACAAGCGAGGACUGGGCCUUACCCAUGACUGCGAAAUGCCUCCCUCCAGAAGGCAGCCCGGCUGGCAGGGUUCCGAAAGACUCAGGGAACCCUGCUAUGAAGUGGUGAAGUUGUCCAACACUGGGGCUACGGAGACCGGCCGUCCCCGGCUCCCAACGUUGGCCCGGGCUCGCCACGUCCCAUGGGAGUGGAGGCACCAGGAGGUUCCCGGGCGCCUUGGCUUGUGAAUGAGCUGUUGGUCAUUUCACGGGUCCACAGCUGCCCCAGUGGACUAUCGCUGUCACGCUCAAGGUGUGUUUUGUCCACCGAGUUGCUCUGUUACUCGUGUCUUGCCCAGGCCUGGGGUUAGCUGCCACCAUCUCACUGGAUCGGAUGCUGAGCCUAGAAGCUAACCAAGCCAAUGGGAGAAUGACUUGGGAGGCCUUGGGAAACUGAGGUCCAGAAAGGGUGGUCAUUUGCCCAGAGACGCCUGUUCAUUUAACAGAGGUUGACACUGGCAGCAGAGCCUGAGCUGCGGAGGGACGCUUAGUCAAGUGGAGUUAACGAGGACAUGAAAAAUUGUGAUUACCGAGCAGUGACGGCGUGCUGCCAGUUUCCCACACAGCUGUAAGGUUGGGGGUUCCUGUUAAUCACUGGAUCCCCAGAACAAGCAUGCCUGGUGACCUUGGGGCCGGUGUGUGCCCCCAUGCGUGCCGUUGCUGGCAUCGGUGGUUCAGAGGGAGUGGCUCAGGUCUCCUGAUCCAGCGAGCUGGGCGUCCAAGAUGCCGACACCAGGCACGUCACCUGCACCUCGGCCCCGACCUCAGGUUGAGUAAUGUGCAUUGUUUGUGUGCAUCUCAAAAACUGUUUCAUCACCUGGUGUUCGUGUUUGCUGAGGAGGGUAGAAUGGGAGGGGAUGGAGUUUUGUAUAAAUAAAGGUUCUUUACCUCCUUCCCCACCCUCCCCACCCCAUUUAUUAAACAAACAUACUGCCAGUCACUGUUGCGAGUGCUUUAUCUCUAUUAACUCGUAGAAUCCUCCCAUCCAGAGGUACUGAGACCAACCCAAGAGGUUAAGUAACUUCCGGUCUUCUUGGGUUUCCCUGAGACCAGGAUCCAACUGCAGUUUGUUGAAAUAGGUGACGAUCCCAGGAAGCCCUGCUUGGAGAGCGGGGAAAGGAGGCAGGGAAGGGCAGGAGGCAAUAAAAUGUAUCGCACAGAGUGCCAGCGCGGGCAACAGGUGCUUCACGCCGCGGGGGAGCUUGGGCAAGCCAGGCACAGUGCAUGCCUAGAGGUGGGGAGCUAGCUGUUUGUCCACCAACUCCCAUCUGUCAUUGGUGGAGGGCUGCUGCCAGGGGCAACUCCCCAGCACUUCCAGCUGCUCCAGGAAAAAUUCCUCCGAUUGAGAGCUGGGGGGGUGGGGGAGGAGCGGUGUUGGAGCAGC